UCUGACAAGUUUUAAAUGGUGGAUUGUGUUCAAGCGGCAUUUUACGGUCCUGGAUGAAAUUUUAAAAUUUGCGAUUCAAUCACACGUUUCGGCAAUUUAAAGUGUAUCAUUCUUUGGUAAUUGAAAAUUGUGUGAAGCGGAUUUCCGACAGCUGGAGAUACUUGUGCUAGGGGGGAUAACGGGAUUCCGGAUUUUCUGCGAGAGGCCACUGUGAAAAAAGAGGAAGGAGAAAAAAAGCUAUCCAAGAUGGCCUUCAACAACAAAAAUCCUCCAUGGCAAAGAAACGCCGGGAUGCAAGCCAUAAGCAUGGGUUUCCCGCAGGCUCAGCCAGUUUUCAAUCAAAAUAUUGGCUUGCAGCAGCAGCAGAACCUGUCACUGAUACCGCAGAUGGGACAGAUUUACUCCCAGACGGUGCAGUACCCGACGUCGCGGCAAAUCAAUACGAUUGCUUUCCAAAACCAACCUCAGGCCCAACCAUCGGCGCAGAUGGGUGGCCAGAAUGCGUCCAAAUUUAACCCGAAUCAGCGUGUUUUCAGCGGAACGGGUCACGUCACCAAGGUCCAAAACGAUUUUGGCUUUAUCGACGAGGAGGUAUUUUUCCAUAAGAAUGUCUGCAAAGGUGCGUUUCCUAAAGUUGGAGAUCGGGUAUUGGUAGAGGCAGCGUACAACCAAAACAUGCCCUUCAAGUGGAACGCUACUCGCGUCCAGGUGCUACAAUCAGCGGCCUCGUCCAGUGGUGGCGUAGGCAGCAGCAGCACCUCGCGUCACAACAUUGGUGGCGGAGGCGGUUACAACAACUCGCAACAGAUGUCGAGCGGGGAUCGUUCCGGACGGAACCGUUAUUCGCCGACGCGGAAAUCGCCAGAUCGUCACCGUUCCUCGAAUCAUGAUUCUCGCCAGCGAGAAGUUGAUGACGAUGACCGGCGCCGACGACGUGACGAUAGGGACGGCGAUCGGUACAGGGAAAAACAUCGCGAUCGUACGCCGGAUCGCGAACGCAGGGAACGUGAGAGAAGCCCGGUGCGCAAGCAGUCGCCCAAGCGCCGUAAGACUCGUCCGAUUCCUCGUUACAUGGUGCAAAUGCCGAAGCAACUCUUGACGCAAACUCGCGUGGAUAUCCUGGAGCUACGUCGUCGGUACCUUACACUUUACAUCCCGUCUGACUUUUUCACCUCUGAGGUUCGUUGGAUCGAAGCCUUCCCGCCGAAUGAGCCGUUUUCGAUCAACAACCCGUGCGCUUUCCACGUGAUGCAUAAAGAAGUGGAACCGCUCGUGCCAGUUUCGGCAAACGAUCUGGAACCGGCCGAUGCCGACUAUCUGUACAGCGCCAAAGUCAUGUUGAUGGCCACUCCUCCGAUGGCGGAGUUUUACCAGAAAUGCUUCGCCACCGCGGAAGACCGCGACCGUUACGAGGACCUGGUGCACCCGACGCGUCUGAUAAGCUUCCUCGUUGGAAUACGAGGCAAGGGCGAAACGAUGUCGAUUGGCGGCCCGUGGUCGCCCUCGCUGGACGGUGAAAAUCCGCAGUCGGAUCCGAAUGUGCUGAUCAAGACGGCCAUUCGCACCUGCAAGGGACUGACUGGAAUCGAUCUUUCCAAUUGCUCGCGCUGGUACCGUUUCGUGGAGCUCUAUUAUCGUCGUUCAGAAACCUACCACAAGGGUCGUUUGAUUCCAGCACGUAUCGAAACGGUGGUUAUCUUUCUACCCGAUAUCCGUUCCUGUCAGCCAACGCGUCCGGAAUGGGAUGAGCUGCAUCUUAGUUACAAAUCACAUUUGGAGCGUAUAAUUGAUAGUCAGAGUUCCGAUAGUCCGGUUCCACCUGCAGUAGCAGCCGCACCAUCAACAGAGGCACCAGAACCGACAGCAUCAACAGUUACAGCCGAUUCUCCAUCUCCGCCAGCAGCAGCAGCAACAGCAGCGGAACCAGCAGCUGCUGCCGACGAAGAGUCAACUGAUAAAACUGUCGAUACACCUUCGUCUACUUCUGACAUCGUAAAACCAUCGGCCGAACCCGCUGAACCAGCUGCUGACCCCAAGGAUGAUACUGAGGACGACAAGGCCGCCGACGACGUCGUCGAAGUCACUGAAAAGGAGGAACCGGAGGUGGUCAUACUAGACGAGUCGGACGAAGAGGAACCGAAAAAGGAACCGACUCCAUACGCGCAGCUGGAUGUAAAAAAACUGAAGGUCCCGGAGCUGCGGACGGAACUGCAAGCGCGGGAUCUGCCAACCGAUGGCGUCAAGAAUGUGCUGGUUACGCGUUUGACCAAGGCGCUGAAGGAGGAACAAGAAGAAGCCGAAAAGAAGCAGGCUCCUGAAGCGGCCACUGGGGAGCCCAAGUCCGACGACAAGCCUGCUGCGAACGAGGAGACACCUGCCCAGGAAGAGAAGAAACCGACGGAAGAAAAAUCAGCAGAGAAGGAUUCCGCCGAUGCUGCCACUCCGGAAGAUACGGCCAACCCCGUCGAAAAGGAAGCCGAAGAGGACUUUGAAACCAUGGACAACGUGGACAUGUCCGAGGUGACGGUGAUUGAUGAAUAUGAUUCCAAGGCGGAAGAGAAAACCAAACCCGAACCGGUCAAGUUGACCGAAAAGGAGCGCCAAUUGCUGGAGAAACGGUACUCGCUGCCGGAGCAACCCCACAUCAUUGUGCACCCGUCGCGUACAGCCAAGUCCGGCAAAUUUGACUGCGCCGUCAUGUCGCUUUCGGUGCUGUUAGAUUACCGCCCAGAGGAUUCCAAGGAGCACUCGUUCGAGGUGUCAAUGUUUGCGGAAUUGUUUAAUGAAAUGUUGACUCGGGACUUUGGCUUUAACAUCUACAAAGCGUUGCACAUGUUGCCCGCCAAGAAAGAAGAGGAGAAAAAAGAGAAAGAGGUGACGAUUGACUUGGACGCCGUCGACGAUAAGAAGGUCAACGGAGAAGGAGCAAAGGACAAAGCCGGCGAGGAGGACACGGUCAAAUCCACCAAUGACAAGGACGAAAAGGACAAGUCCAAGGAGCGUGACACCCGCAAGAGAUCUCGCUUCGACGAUCCGACGGAAGACGAACGGCGCCGGCGCGAGAGGGAAAAGGAACGCGCCAAGCUUUACACCGCUGACCGCGAACUGUUGCUUUCAUUCACCUACUUUGACGUUAGCCACUGCGGCUAUAUCUUUGAGAAGGACAUUGAAGAUCUGUUCUACACGAUAGGACUGCAUCUGUCCCGUUCGCAGAUUCGCCGGCUGGUGUCGAAAGCCGUCACCCGUGACUCGCUAUACUAUCGCAAACUGACCGAUAAGGUCAAGGAGGACGACGAUGUCGUUGAGAUUACCGACGAAAAGUCUCCAGAAAAAGAGGAAAAGGAUGCCGACAAAGCAGAAGCCAACGCGGACGAAAAAAAGAUGGAAGUCGUAGAAAAGAUUGACGAUACGACUGCUGCUGCUGCUGCCGCUACCACGGUGGAAAUUCCCGAAGCAGAGCUAAAGGAGAUAUCAACGGGUAACAGCAACUACAAGGAGCAACUGAAAGCAAACCUGCAGCUGGUUCUGAACGCCGACGCCGGCGAAGACGACAAGCCACCGGCAAAGAAGAUCAAACUCGACGCGACGGCAACAGAGGACGGUGUUCCCGAGACAGAAAGUGGAAUUGUAUCCCACAACGGGGGCGUCGUCAAUAUCCCGAAGCUGCUUGAACAGAUGCGUCGGCUGGAAAAGUCGCGCGAAGAAGCGGAACUGUUGCUGGUAGAUCUGCGCAAGCAAAACACUGAGUUGACUCGCAGCAAUGCCCGAGCAAACGAAAAAAUUAAGGACCAGAGCACAGAUCUUAAGAACACGGCUAAGAAACUCGCCGAAACGGAGCAAAAUUUGCGCGAAAUAACGAGAAAAUACAACGAAUAUUUUUCAACGGUGUCGAACAUCUACGAUCGUGUCAGUUUGGUGCUGAAUCGCACCGAAUCAUCGUCGAAGCGCUCUUCGUCCAUCACCUCGUCUAAACGGGGAAGCUCGCGCGAUCGCUCCAGCCGAAAGGACACAAAACCCAAAGACAAAGAGGCUGAUCCGGGCAAGGCCAAGGAGAACAACGGUGCCGACGCCGCUCCUAAGCCGAGCGAGAAAAAGUCGGACGAUAGUUCGGACGUUGAGCUGGUCGUCGCAAGCAGUGACUCCAAGGAGAGCGUUGAGACGAUGGACGUGGACGUGGCCAGCGGUCAAAAUGACGAGUCGGCUAAGACAGCAGCGGACGAAAAGGAGGACGCACCGGAGGAAGCGCAAAAGGAAUGAACUAUUUGAAUAAAUGAUUAUGCAACAAACAUCGAUCCAUGAAUCGUCACACAUAUUUAUAUCCUUGCUUACAAUGUAAUUCUUCUGAAUGUAAGAGAACAUAAGUAAUAAAAUACUUAAACUAAACAGCGUAAAA